CUGAGAAGCUGAAGAAGUUGAGCUCAGCCUACGAAUCAGACUUUUUCUCAUUCAGACACAUAGCAGAUGGCAAGGUUCCCGAGGUUCUGGGCCAAGCGAUGUCUGCAAGGCUGACUCUUAUGGGGACUAGACCACUUUUGGCUGCACGCUACAUGGAGGAAAAGAAGGAAUGGCAAGUGGCCACAUACGUGUCCUUUGCAAUCCCCAGGAUCGACGAAGGCCAGAAUGUGGCCACCAUCCUGCAGGAGAAGAUCACAACAUUCUACCAUUUGGGAGUGUUUGAGACAGACUCCUUGGCGACCCAGCAGGAUGAUAGACUGCAAGAGGCUCUACAGGGGGAGCGGAAAGUUGCACCGGACCAGACGGACCCCAAAGACACCCCGAUGGAUCAGAUCAACCAACCGGAGCUUGGAAAUCUCAGAUCCUUCACCCCCCUCAUCGCUAAGAUGCCUGAGGACACUAAGCUAAAGGAAGGAAUGAGGAGGCGGCCAUGGAACACGGUGACGGCUAUCCACUACAGCGUGCUGACAGGGAUAGGCCUCCCCGCUGAGCUGCAGGCUGCCUCCCUGGCAGGGCUGAUUACCAAGGGAAUUUUCGAAGGAGACGGCGACUUCGAUUCCAAGGCAUAUCCAAUAGAUAUGGAGAGAGACUACCAUGAUGAAUGCUCUGAAGAAGAAAUGGAGGAGGAUGAGGAGGACUGGACAACCGAAAAGGAUGAGGGAGAUUCUGAGGCACCCCUGACAAAAGAGGGGAGUAGCAGCAUAGGGGAGUAUAGGUUGGAUGUAUCCCUAUCAAAGACUCAGUCAGACCCGCCGGGAGAGUCCGCUGAUUCUAUGGAGACUGGAGGGUCAGGCGCCUCUUAGGCCUAGCUGCAUGCUUCCUUAUAGACUCAUCUGACAGUCUAGCUCAUGGACGUGCUGAGAAGAGAAGCCAACGAGAAGGGAUCAAAGGUGAACUGGAAAAAUCAAGGCUUCAUUAUCUG